AAGAGCACCUUAUGAACAGUGUUCCCGCCAAAUUAAAUGGACCUGUUUACUGGGCUUAAUUAUGCAAGGUAAUGGGCUGAUAUUUCUGGCCCAUCAAAGAUUUAGUUUACUGUAAAAUGUCAAUUCUGAAGUCCUUGGAUAAAGUGAGCACGGCAGCAGUCCUUGGAGAUUGGGAGCACGCAGCAGCCUUUGGAGUGUGUGCCAUUAAAGCAAUCCUUACUUUUAUCAUUAUUAUCAUGAUUAUUUAUUGAGAGAUGUGCUUGAAUUAAAUAGGUGUAAUAAUUAACAUGAUUCACCAAAUCUUUUUAAACUUCUGCUUGCACAAGACUAUAGUAUAAAUAUGAACUACAUCUUUAAUUUCAAACUCAUUACAAACUUCAUUUGGUUUUUUGCGUAUUUUUGUUUUUUAAUAAUUUUGAAUGCAACCUAUACCAAAAGUUUCUAUUCUCUGCCCUCCAGAGAAUAUGAGUGUAAUGUGUCAUUGAAAAGUGGUGCCAGUAAAAAGAUUAGUCAAAGUGUCAAUCCCCUAGUGGGAUAAUUUUUUGUGGUCACCAUUUAGUGGUACUCUUUUUCGGUCACUGCCCCAUUUAUCAUCAUCAUCACAAAAAGAAAAAUAAAUCAGUGCUGUGUUCCCCUAGUCUGUUCACCAGCGAAAAAAAGAAGUAGAAAAGAUCCGUUAGAGCAGAAGAAAGCGCACGCCCGUGGAGGAGAAGCAAAAAAUUCCAACGACUGUUCAAUCAUCCGCUGCCGGCGCUCUCAAUUUCAUUCCUCUGCGGAAUAGGUAAGUCGAAUCUAGACAUUAGAUUCGCCCAGGUACACAACUCUUUAUCCCUUUGCUUUCGUAGCAUUUUUUUAGGGUUGUUUAAUUCCACUUCAUUAUUUCCGAUUGCCUAAUUCCACUAUAGUUUGUGCUCGUGUGAAAGAACAACGGGAUUGUGUAAGCAAUUUUUUCUAACAUAAUAAUCUUGGGUUGUUCGUGCGAUUGCUUCAAACACGUGAGCCAAAUUCGGAAAAAUUUAGGCCAAAUUCUACGUGCCUCUGUGUUGUUGAUUUUUUCAGUUUUUAUUCUCUUUUGUGGGUUUUUUCUCCUUUGUGGUGAUUUUUUUAUUAUUUUUUCUCCUUUGUGGUUAUGUCUACUAUGAAUCAGUAUGUUUUGACUCCUUUUAAUGGAAAAACUGAUUUUAGUAUUUGGAAACAAAAAUUGAAGUUUGUUCUUGUUCAUCAAAAAGUUUAUAGGGCUGUUAGUGAUUCAUAUCUAGAAACAGACGCUAAAGAGAAAAAAGUUGAAAUGAAUGAAAUUGCAUGUUCCAUAAUUUACUUGAACUUGACUGACUGUGUGAUCAGAAAAGUUGGUAUUUUGGAAUGUGCUAAAGAUAUUUGGAAUAAACUUGAUGAACUUUAUACUAAAACUUCUUUGUCAAAUAAGAUUUUCUUACUUGAAAAAUGUUUCAUGUUUAGAUUGGAUAUGUAAAGACAUAGAAGAAAAUCUAGAUGUUUUUUCACCAAACUGAUUUCUGAUAUUAAAUUAACCGGUGAUAAACAUAUUGACGACUACACCCCUAUUGCUCUUUUGAAUGCUAUUCCCGAAUCCUACAGUGAUGUUAAAUCUGCAAUUAAAUAUGGUAGGGAUAAUAUUUCUCUUGAUGUUGUUGUGAAUGGUCUCAAGAGUAAGGAAUUAGAGUUGAAAAAUUCUAAGAGUGAUAAAAAUUCUGGGGAGGUUAUGCAUGUGAGGGGUAGAACUUUGAAUAAAUUUCAAAACCAUAAACAUGCUAACAAUGAUAACUCAAAUGUGAGAAGAUUCAACCAGAGAAGGGGUAAGUCUAGAUCCAAAUAAAAAACAAGAAAAUGCUAUAAUUGCAAUGAAUAUGGUCACCUUAGUAAUAGUUGUUCUAAGCCUAAGAAAAUUCAGCAAAAAGAUCAUGCUAAUAUGGCUAGUGAAUCAAACAACUUUGGUGAUGUGCUAAUGAUAAAAGAUUAUGCUUAUUUGAACUCUGUGCUAUCGGAUUAUCUGUGUGAAUCUGAUUGGCUAGUUGAUUCUGGUUGCACCUUUCAUAUGUCACAAUUUAAAAACCUUUUUCAAACUAUCAAGAGCUUGAUAAUGGUAUUGUGUCCAUGGCUAAUGAAAAGAAAUGCAAAGUUUUUGGAAUUGGAGAUGUGUGUCUUAAAUUUAACUCUGGAUCUAUUGUGAACUUAAAGAAUGUUAGACAUGUUUCUGAUUUGUCUUAUAAUUUGCUUUCUUGUGCAUCUCUUGAAAGUGAGGGUUUUGAGGGAAAAUGGGGGAAAUGUGUUAUGAAAAUCAUGAAGGGUUCAAUCGUUGUUUUCAAAGCUGAAAAGAAAAAUAAUUUGUAUGUGUACAAAGCUGAACCUGUUUGUGAGCAUGCAAAUUCUGUGGUUGAUAAUUCUGUUCUAUGGCAUAAACGAAAUGUUGUUUUCAAUGAAAAUAAUUUUCCUUGUUUGUCCUUGCCUAUUCCCAAUGUUGAAAAUGUGGCUCCAAAUGAGGUGGAGCAAUUGCCUGUUAUCAUUCCUACUUAUGUGCAUGUAGAAACUAAUGAACAUGUUGAUGAUUCACACACUAAUGAAGAUGAGACUAUUUCUAAUGAGGCGGAGCAUGAUAGUGUAGAAUCACAUAGUUCGACUCUUCCUGAGUUAUUUUUGGCAUGCUUUGUGAUGUUGCCUAGUCUUCGUGACUUGAGAGUACUUAGUGAACUCUCCACCACUACGUGUGUUCUCAUUUGUUGAUUACACAUUUAGUGGUUAUUAUGCUAUGAUGAGUCCCGCGGUUCCUUGUCAAACUAUGUGCACUACUUUGGGCCAAAGGUGGAGAUUGUUAAUUUAUUUGGGGUUGGCCCAAACAUAUUAAUAAUAUUUGACACCCAACCCAGCAGCCCAUUUACUCAAGCCCAACCUUUAUUCCUAACCUAAGCCCAUCUACCUAGAAAGGAUUCAUGCCAAUAUUGGAAAGCUAUGAUCAAAGUUAGAGAGGUUUUUAGACCAAUGCCAACAAGCAAAAACUACAAAGUGAAGGAGGGGUAUAACUGGCUCCAGGCUGAAGGAGCUAAACCACUAUGGACAAAAUGGGUGUGGAAUAAAUUCACACCACCCAAAUUUCAGGUAGUGAUAUGGCUGUACAUGCGUGGAAAACUGCAGACUAAAGAUCGAUUGGGGAGAUUCCUACCUGUGGAUAUGAGAUGUGGAUUGUGUGAAGAGGAGAAUGAAACGGCCAAGCACCUAUUCUGGGACUGUAAAUAUGCAAAGUGGGUGAUGCAGCAAGUGUUUGAUAGAUAUAACAUCUUGUUCCAAGCUAAUAGCGUAGAGGAGAUGGAAGAUACAAUGAUGAAAGGAAAGGGAAAUACCACAAAGAUGAAGAUUGCAGCUAUAUGGGUAGCGUGUCUUUACAGUAUUUGGAGAGCUAGAAACAAAAUAGCUCACAAAAACAGGUGUACGGUAGAGGAGGCUAGAGACUAUGUUAUUAGCUAUAUAAAUUUUUAUUUUAUGUAUAAAAAAGUAAGGUAGAUGAUUGUGGUUAGAAGUCUGAUGAGUGUGUACAAAACUUUGGAGUUAGUAAUGAAUUGAGUGUUUUUGGUUAAAAAAAAGCUUAGCUACUAAAUCUCCACUAUAAAUUGAGGCUUCCCUUUUGAGUUUUUAACCGUGCAAAAUAAACUCCUUUCUCUCUUUGUGAGACUUCCGUGUGGGUUUCUUUCUUCCUUUGUGAGUUGAUCUCUGUUUUUCUCCGUUUCUUUGUGAGUGGAGUGUGGCGAGGUUGGGUUGGGGUGUUGCUCCUUUUGGUACCCUUGUAGUGCACAACUACGGACCGAUUUUUACGGGUGACCUGAGCCUAAUCGGAAUAAAUAAAUACACAUAACAGUU